AUGGUACAGUAUCAAAACUAUUUCAAGGAAUUCAUCAAAUACUCAGCUCGAGCCAAGUUGAGCACAAAAAGUAUGCAACGAGCAUUAGAAUUGACACAAUCGGUACCGCAACGAGCAAACGAUGUUGGCCUUAUUGACAGCAUCGAACAUUACCCCGGAGACAAAUACAAACUUGGAAAAAUUUACAGACACGAUCUCUUUCUCGUGUCGGAAGGCGAUCAGCAGCCUGUGGAUCGUUAUGUAUUUUUGUUCAACAAUAAAAUUAUGUUAACAGAAUAUGACAGUAAUAAAGAGCCACCAAGUCGUAAGCAUACGGCAACUAUACGGCUGGAUAAAUACACAGUUUCUACAGUCAAAGGUCAAGAGGAUACACUGGAAUUGAAGCCAAAUGAACCUGGUUUACCACAGUUACGAAUUCGAGCUAAAGAUAUUAAUCGAAUGGAAAUUGUUCGACAAGCAUGGCUUAAAGAUAUUCAAGAAAUGCAGGAACAACAAAGUUUGUUCUUAUUACUUUUGCAUGAUUUUAAACCUUUUUAAAU